AUGGUGAACCUUUUAGAGACAGAAUGCCAGAUCCCACCCCCACCCGACCCCUCAAACCGAGUGCUGUGCCCACCCCCACUUCGAAUGCCAGGCUCCCAUCCAAACCCCACAGUCCUGCUACCCAGCUGGGUCUCAGUCCCCAGCUCUGACCCAGAUUCCUCACUCUCAGACACCCCUGGCAGUUUGCUGACUGCUGCUGCUGCUUCUGUGGGUUACUACAUGCUGGAAAACAGACCGAGGAAUAUCUACGGAAUGGUUUGCUACUCCUGCUUACUCGCACCCCCAAACACCAAAGAAUGUGUGGGAGCCACCUCUGGAGUUUCCGCCAGUCUCCCAGGUACCUCUGGCACCAGCACCAGCUCUCCUUUCCAGCAUGCCCAUAAAGCAGAUCUCUCAGGACAAGGGCACCUGGCCACUGCUCUGAUCAUUGCCAUGUCCACCAUCUUCAUCAUGGCUAUUGCCAUCGUCCUCAUCAUCAUGUUUUACAUCAUGAAGACAAAGCCUUCUGCCCAAGCCUGCUGCACCAGCCACUCUGUGAAAAGUGUAGAAGCCCAAGUCAGCAAACAAGAAGAGAAAAAAGAAAUUCAAGAGAACGUCGUGAUUUUUGCUGAGAAGGAUGAGUUCGAGAAGUUGACAGCAACGCCAGCAAAGACUGCCAAGAGUGAGAAUGACGCCUCUUCUGAGAAUGAACAGCUCCUUAGCCGGAGUAUGGACAGUGAUGAAGAAGCCGCAGUUGACAAGCAAGGGUCCCCAGAGCUGUGCUUGUUAUCAUUAGUCCAUUUGACAAGGGAUAAAUCUUCCACAAACAACAAAUCAACUGGGAUUCAGAGUAGAAGAAAAAAGAUCCUUGAUGUGUAUGCCAAUGUGUGCGGGGUGGCAGAAGGUCUCAGCCCCACAGAAUUACCAUUUGACUGCCUCGAAAAGACAAGCAGGAUGCUCAGCUCCACCUACAACACCGAGAAGGCCAUCGUGAAAACAUGGCGCCACCUGGCUGAAAGCUUUGGACUGAAGAGGGAUGAAAUAGGGGGUAUGACGGACGGCAUGCAGCUCUUUGACCGCAUCAGCACAGCGGGCUACAGCAUCCCGGAGCUGCUCACAAAACUUGUCCAGAUCGAGCGGCUGGACGCCGUGGAGUCUCUGUGUGCGGACAUCUUGGAGUGGGCGCAGGUCAUGCCCCCCCCACCUCAGCCACCCGUCACAACCUGA